AUGGCAAAGGAAGACGAGGAUGAGAAGAAAGCCAAGAAAGGGAAGAAGGGGAAGAAGGCACCGGAGCCGGAGAAGCCCAAGCGGAGCCUGAAGGGGACGUCGCGGCUGUUCAUGGGAUUCCGAGACCGCACGCCCAAGAUCUCCAAGAAGGGCCAGUUCCGGAGCGCCUCAGCCUUCUUCUGGGGCCUCCACACAGGCCCCCAGAAGACCAAACGCAAGAAGAAGGCGCGCACCGUGCUCAAAUCCACCUCGAAGCUCAUGACGCAGAUGCGCGUGGGCAAGAAGAAGCGCGCCAUGAAGGGCAAGAAGCCGUCUUUCAUGGUGAUCCGCUUCCCCGGACGGCGAGGCUACGGCCGCCUGCGCCCGCGCGCCCAAUCGCUCAGCAAGGCGUCCACGGCCAUCAACUGGCUCACUAAGAAGUUCCUCAUCAAGAAGGCCGAGGAGUCAGGCAGCACGCAGGCCACGCUAGACGCCUGGCUGGACCGCUCCGGCUCCCGCGUGGGCUCGCGCAAGCUGCCCUUCCCGUCGGGCGCUGAGAUCUUGCGGCCGGGAGGCCGCUUGCGCCGGUUUCCGCGCGCCCACAGCAUCUACGCGUCGGGCGAGCCCGUGGGCUUCCUGCCCUUUGAGGACGAGGCCCCGUUCCGGCACUCGGGCUCCCGCAGGUCGCUGUACGGGCUUGAGGGCUUCCAGGACCUGGGCGAAUACUACGACUACCACCGCGAGGGCGAUGACUACUACGACCAGCAAUCGCUGUACCGGUACGAGGAGGAGCAGGAGCCCCUCCAGGACGCCUAUGGCCCCCACGGCCCAGCCUGGCCGCCCUACGACUACGCGCACCGGUACGUGCCCGAGGACCCCUACGACUACUACAGCCCCGACUACUACGGCAGCUCCUUCUACCCCGACUACACCUUCGGCUACGGCUACGACGACUACGAGCCCCCCUACGCGCCCCCGUCGACGUUCGCGUCUCCCUACGGCUACUACGACGCCUAUGCGGGCGAGGUGCACCCACACAGCUACUACCCGGAGACCUACGCCCCGCCCGAGGCGCUCUACCCGCCGUACCCACCCUACGACCUGGCCUACGAACUCCCGUAUGCUGCACCCCACCUGGAUCCCUAUGGGGUGCCCCACCUGGAUCCCUACGCGCAGCCCUACCAUGUCCCCAUCGCGGAAGGCACCUACGGUGGGGCCCAGGCAAUCUAUCCCCCCGAAGAGCCCUAUCUUCCGCCCCAGCAGUCGGCCUUCGCGUACCCGUGGGUGCCUCCACCCAUUCUGUCACCCCACAACCCAUACGCCCACCCGAUGGAUGACAUAGCGGAGCUGGAGGAGCCCGAGGAGGCAGGCAGCGAACAGCCGGGCACCUCCUUCCGCCUGCCCAGCGCCGCCUUCUUCGAGCAGCAGGGCAUGGACAAACCUGCCAGGUCCAAGCUGUCCCUCAUCCGCAGGUUCCGCCUCUUCCCGCGGCCCCAAGUGAAGCUGUUCGGGAAGGAGAAGUUGGAGGUGCCCCUGCCGCCCUCCCUGGACAUCCCUCUGCCCCUGGGGGAUGCAGAUGAAGACGAGGAAGAGGACGAAAUGCCGCCGCUGUCCCCGGUGCCCUACGGCCACCCCUUCUGGGGCUUCCUCACGUCGCGCCAGCGCCACCUCCAGCGCGCCCUUUCGGCCUUCGGCGGCCCCCGGGGCCUGGGCUUCAGCCCGGACUUCGGCCGUCCCGCACCACGCCCGGCCACCUCGCUGGCGCGGUUCCUCAAAAACACCCUGUCAGAAAAGGAGCCCAUCCCGCGGUUCAGGGGCAACCAGAAGGCCCGGGCGCGAGGCCCGGCGGUCAGGGAGGCAGCUUACAAGCGCUUCGGCUACAAGCUGGCGGGCAUGGACUCCGAGCAGCCCAGCACACCCAUCGUGCUGCGUAGGGCGCAAGCACGCGCACACAACAACAACUCCCACCGCCCUUCGACCCCGCCGCACACCCCGCGUCUGGGCCCCAGCCCCGGCCCCGGCCCAGCGCCCACUCCAACCCUCGGCCUGGCCCCGGGCCUGCCCCCGGCAGUCUCGCCUUACAGCUCCCUCCGCCUGCACCCACCACCCUGGGCCGCCCCGGCUCACGUGCCCCUCCCACCCCAGGCCAGUUGGUGGGCCUGGGCAGAGCCCCCACCCCUGAUCCCCGAGGGGCUCCCCGACCCACUGGCCUUCCCCGGACCACGGCCGUCCUUCAGGGGCUCGCGCCGCCGGGGGGCUGCCUUCGGCUUCCCUGGACCCUCGCCCCGACCCUCACUGAGGAGCCGGCCUGGCUUGGGCUACUGCUCACCCCUGGGGCCCCUGUCCCCACAGCCCUCCAUCCGUGCCGUCCCCUUCCGGCCGCCCUUCUCACCACCACCCCGCCGUCCCCGCUCGCUGCGGGAGCCCCCAUCCCCACGCCGAGCCUCGCCACGCCCUGGUGCACUCCGCUCACCUUUGCUGGCCCCCCCGACGCCGCCCUCGACGCCCCCUCUGCUGGGUCCCCGCCCGCGGCACCGCUCGCUCAACCUACCCUCGCGCCUCCCGCGCACGUGGCGCCGCCUCAGUGAGCCGCCCACCAGGGCCAUAAAGCCCCGGCCCCGCCAGCCCUUCCUGCUGCAGCAGGGUCCUGGGUCUUGGCAGGCGGCUGCUGCUGCCCCUGAGCGCCCAGAGAGCCAGGGCGAGACCGAGGACUCAGAGACACCCUGGACGAUGCCCCCGCUGGCCCCGAGCUGGGACGUGGACAUGCCUGCCAUCCAGCGUCCACCCUCACCCUGGCCCGGAGGCCCUGGCAAUCUCCGUGGCUUCUCCAGGCCACCCCCUGUGCCCUCAAGCUCCUUACUCCAGCGCGGGGGCCCAGUGCCCUCCCCUGCUCUCCAGGCUGAAGACCCAGCCUCUGACUCAACCCGCGUUUUCCUGGGGAGACACCAGGACCCAGGGCCUGGACAGCUGACCGAAUCAGCCAGCCCCAGCCCCAAGAAGCCUGAAGAAGAGGCCUGCCCAGGGGACGCCCAGACACCAACAGAGCCUGAGCCCCCAGCCCCAACACCCUCCAAGGAUGCUCCCUCAGAUUGGAAAGCACUGAGGCUCAGUCUCUCCAACCCACUGGCUGCUUCUGACCAGAUGAGAGCCACAUGGCCACCAUGGCGCCGGUGGGGGACGCUGCCCAGUGCCCCAGCCCCCUUGGCGCCCACGGUGGCCCUGGGACCCCUGCCCAAGGCAGGUGAACGGCUCCAGGCAAGUCCUGGGCGUUUUGCAGUGGUCAUGCCUCGUGUACAGAAGCUGAGUUCCUUCCAGCAAGCUGGUCCUGCCCCUCUGCAGCCCCCUGUCCAGCUGACCCAGGAGCCAGAGCCCAUCCCCAGGCCAAGAGCCUGGAGUCUGCUCUGGUGCCGCCUCUGGCUGCCUGUGGAGGCCCACCAACCCCAGCUGCAAGUACCCACCUGCUCCCUUUCCUGUUGCCUGGUCCCUGGAGCUGCCGGCCUGCCCCAUGGGGCCCCCUCGGAAGAGGUUGGCACCAAAGGCUGGUGGAGCAAGAUGCACUCCAUCCGCAACCUGCCGUCCACACAGCUCCGCGAGCAGCAGCAGGAGGAUGGUGUGGAGGACAUGACGCAGCUUGAAGACCUCCAGGAGACCACCGUGCUGGCCAAUCUCAAGACCAGAUUUGAACGGAACCUCAUCUAUACAUACAUUGGCAGCAUCCUGGUGUCGGUGAACCCGUACCGGAUGUUUGGAAUUUAUGGGCCGGAGCAGGUGCAGCAGUACAGCGGGCGGGCCCUGGCCGAGAACCCCCCCCACCUCUUCGCAAUUGCAAAUCUCGCCUUCGCCAAAAUGCUCGAUGCCAAACAGAACCAAUGCAUAAUUAUCAGCGGAGAGAGCGGCUCGGGAAAAACCGAGGCCACGAAGCUGAUUCUGCGCUACCUGGCGGCCAUGAGUCAGAAGCGGGGCGUCACACGGCAGAUCCUGGAGGCCACACCCCUCCUGGAGUCCUUUGGUAAUGCCAAAACCGUCAGGAACGACAACUCCAGCCGCUUCGGCAAGUUUGUGGAGAUCUUUCUGGAAGGGGGCGUGAUCUCUGGUGCCAUAACCUCCCAGUACCUGCUCGAGAAAUCCAGGAUCGUGUUUCAGGCCAGAAAUGAGAGGAACUACCACAUCUUCUAUGAGCUCCUGGCUGGGCUGCCUGCCCAGCUCCGGCAGGCCUUCAGCCUUCAGGAGGCCGAGACCUACUACUACCUGAACCAGGGUGGGAACUGCGGGAUCUCAGGGAAGAGCGACGCGGAUGACUUCCGCCGGCUGCUGGCUGCCAUGGAGGUACUGGGCUUCAGCGCGGAGGACCAGGACAGCAUCUUCCGCAUCCUGGCCUCCAUCUUGCACCUGGGCAACGUCUACUUUGAGAAGGACGAGACGGACGCGCAGGAGGUAGCCUCAGUGGUGAGCGCCCGGGAGAUCCAGGCCGUGGCUGAGCUUCUGCAGGUCUCCCCCGAGGGCCUGCAGAAGGCCAUCACCUUCAAAGUGACCGAGACCAUGAGAGAGAAGAUAUUCACCCCCCUGACGGUGGAGAGCGCCGUGGACGCCAGGGACGCCAUCGCCAAGGUCCUGUACGCAUUGCUGUUCAGCUGGCUCAUCGCCAGGGUCAACGCACUGGUGUCCCCACAGAAGGAUGCGCUGUCCAUUGCUGUCCUGGACAUCUAUGGCUUCGAGGACCUAAGCUUCAACAGCUUCGAGCAGCUGUGUAUAAACUAUGCGAACGAGAGCCUCCAGUACCUCUUCAAUAAGAUUGUCUUCCAGGAGGAGCAGGAGGAGUACAUGCGCGAACAGAUCGACUGGCAGGAGGUCACCUUCACCGACAACCAGCCCUGCAUCAACCUCCUUUCACUGAAGCCCUACGGCAUCCUGCGCAUCCUCGAUGACCAGUGCUGCUUCCCCCAGGCCACAGACCACACGUUUCUGCAGAAGUGCCAUUACCACCACGGCGCCAACCCACUCUACUCCAAGCCCAAGAUGCCGCUGCCCGAGUUCACCAUCAAGCACUAUGCUGGCAAAGUCACCUACCAGGUGCACAAGUUCCUGGACAAGAACCAUGACCAGGUGCGCCAAGAUGUGCUUGACCUGUUUGUGCGGAGCCGGACUCGGGUGGUAGCACACCUCUUCUCCAGCCACGCCCCACAGGCUGCUCCUCAGCGCCUGGGCAAGAGUAGCUCUGUCUCCCGGCUCUACAAGGCGCACACGGUGGCUGCCAAGUUCCAGCAGUCACUUCUGGACCUGGUGGAAAAGAUGGAGAGGUGUAACCCCUUGUUCGUCCGGUGCCUGAAGCCGAACCACAAGAAGGAGCCAGGCCUCUUUGAGUGUGAUGUGGUGACAGCCCAGUUACGCUAUUCAGGGCUGCUGGAGACAGUGCGGAUUCGGAAGGAGGGCUUUCCAGUGCGGCUGCCCUUCCAGGUGUUCAUCGACAGGUACCGCUGUCUAGUGGCCCUCCAGCACAACCUGCCAGCCAGUGGGGACAUGUGUGUGUCGGUGCUGAGCCGCCUAUGCACGGUCACACCAAACAUGUAUUGUGUUGGUGUCAGCAAGCUCUUCCUGAAGGAGCACUUGCACCAGCUGCUAGAGGGCAUGCGGGACCACGUCCUGAGCCUGGCGGCCCUCACGCUACAGCGCUGCCUCCGCGGCUUCUUUGUCCAGCGCCGUUUCCGCUCCCUACGCCGCAAGAUCAUCCUGCUGCAGAGCCGGGCACGUGGAUUCCUGGCCAGACAGCGGUAUCAGCAGAUGAGGAGGCGUCUGGUGAAGUUCCGGGCCCUGGUGCACACGUACACAAGCCACCGGCGUUACCUCAAGCUGAGGGCGGAGCGGAUGCUCCGGGUGGAGGAGGCAUGGCUGCGGGAGCAGGAGGAGCUGAGCAAGCGGCAGGUGGUGGCCGUGGGGCACCUGGAGGUCCCGGUGGAGCUGGCUGGGCUCUUGCGAGCUGUGGCGGGCCUCAGGACAGCCCAGGGGCCCCGGGUGGCCCUUGUGCGGACUCCACGGCUUCGGGCUGAGCCCCGGGUCACGCUGCCCCUGGACAUCAACAGCUACCCCAUGGCCAAGUUUGUCCGGUGCCACUUCAAGGAGCCUGCCUUCGGGAUGCUGACCGUGCCCCUGAGGACACCCCUCACGCGGCUGCCGGCGGAGUACCAUGUGGAGGCCGUGGGCAUCUUCAAGUUGAUCCUACGUUUCAUGGGUGACCCCCAGCUGCACGGCACCCGGGACCAUGUCUUCGGCAGCUACAUCGUGCAGAAGGGACUGGCAGUGCCCGAGCUGCGGGACGAGAUCCUGGCGCAACUGGCCAACCAGGUGUGGCACAACCCCAGCGCCCACAACGCUGAGCGGGGCUGGCUCCUGCUGGCUGCCUGCCUCGGCUGCUUUGCACCGUCCCCGCGCCUGGACAAGUACCUGCUCAAGUUUGUGUCUGAUCACGGGCGGGGUGGCUUCCAGGCCGUGUGUCAGCAUCGCCUCAUGCAGGCCAUGGUCUCUGGGGCUGCCCGCACCUUCCCUCCGACUCAGCUUGAGUGGACAGCCACCCAGGAGAAGGCCGGCAUGGCACUGGAUGUGGGCUGCUUCAAUGGUGACCAGUUCUCCUGCCCAGUGCACUCCUGGAGUACGGGGGAGGAGGUGGCCGGAGACAUUCUGAGGCACAGGGGGCUGGUCGACGGCUGGCGAGGCUGGACGGUGGCCAUGAAGAACGGGGUCCAGUGGGCAGAGCUGGCCGGCCAUGACUACGUGCUGGACCUGGUGUCAGACCUCGAGCUGCUCAGGGAGUUCCCUCGACGGAAAGCCUACUUCCUCGUGGGUGCGGAGGGGCCCCCGGCCUGCAGGGGAGGCCUCAGUGUGUUCGGGAACAGCUGGGACUCGGACGAUGACACACCCUCCAGGCCCCAGCACCAGGGGCUCGUGCCUGUCGUGGCUGACUCCGAUGGGUACUGCAGCCACAAUGAGAACGGUACAAAUGGGGAGACUGAGAGAGGGAGCCUCAGAGAGGGACAGAGGAAAGAACUUGACUUUCUCCCAACCCCACCAGACUCGGACAGCCUUGGAGAGCCUGCUGUGCCCCACAAGGGGCUGGACUGCUACCUGGACAGCCUCUUCGACCCCGUGCUGUCCUACGGGGACGCGGACCUGGAGAAGCCAACAGCCAUUGCCUACCGCAUGAAAGGGGGAGGCCAGCCUGGUAGAGAUGGCAGCAGCAGCACUGAAGAACCCCCCAGGAGACCCCCAGAGCCAAAGCCAAAGCCAAUUCCAGGCCUGGACGCCUCCACGUUGGCCCUGCAGCAAGCCUUCAUCCACAAGCAGGCCGUGCUGCUGGCCCGGGAGAUGACCCUGCAGGCCAUGGCACUCCAGCAGCAGCCCCUGAGUCCCACCCCGAGACCCUUUCCCCCAGAGAAACCCAUAGCACCAGAGGCCCGGCCAAAGUUCAUAGGCACUGGACCCCCGGCCAAGCCCGUGCUCCUGCGCUCUGCUCCGAAGCCCGCGACCCCCGCCUCUCUGGCCAAGGCCCCGAGGCCCCCUACCAAGCCUGUGGCUGCCCCCAUUCUGCCUCAGGGCUGGGCUUCUCCAGAAAGCACCUCGCCCUGCCUGGAGCCGGUCCGGUCCUCGACCCUCAACUCGGAACACUUCCCACAACCCACACAGCAGAUCAAGGACAUCGUCAGGCAGCACCAGCAGCUGCCCCGGGGGAGCCGGCCCGAGGCCCUCAGGAAGGACGGCGGGAGGGUGUUUGUAAAGCGGCCCGAUCCCCAUGAGGAGGCCCUGAUGAUCCUGAGGGGGCAGAUGGGCCCCCCAGCGGCAGCACCCGGCACCCAGGUCUCCAGAGAGGCCGUGGCCUUGGUGAAGCCAGUGACCAGCCCACAGCGGCCAUCCGUGGGACCCGCUCCAGUGCUGCCCUCGCGGUCACUGGAGCCUCCUGAGGAUCCCGUGCAGACACAGCUGCACCGCCUCCCGAACCCUGACUUUUAUGGCUACCGGGAUGCCCCCUGGCAGAUCUUCCUGCGCAAAGAGGUGUUCUACCCCAAGGACGACCACAGCCACCCCGUGCAGCUGGACCUCCUGUUCCGCCAGGUCCUGCACGACACACUCUCCGAGGCCUGCCUGCGCAUCUCCGCCGAGGAGCGGCUCCAGAUGAAAGCCCUGUUUGCCCAGAACCAUCUGGACACACAGCGGCCCUUGGUGACAGAGAGCGUGAAGCGGGCUGUGGUCAGCACUGCCCGGGACAGCUGGGAGGUCUACUUCUCCCGCCUCUUUCCUGCCACGGGCAGCGUGGGCACCGGGGUGCAGAUGCUGGCUGUGUCCCACACGGGCAUCAAGCUCCUGCGUGUGGUCAAGGGCAGCCACGAGGCAAGUGGGCAGCUGCAGGUCCUGCGCACCUACAGCUUUGCGGACAUCCUGUUUGUGACCAUCCCCUCCCAGAACAUGCUGGAGUUCAACUUGGCCAGUGAGAAGGUCAUUCUCUUCUCAGCCCGAGCUCACCAGGUCAAGACCCUGGUGGAUGACUUCAUCCUGGAGCUGAAGAAGGACUCGGACUAUGUGGUCGCUGUGAGGAACUUCCUGCCUGAGGACCCUGCGCUGCUGGCCUUCCACAAGGGCGACAUCAUCCACCUGCAGCCCCUGGAGCCGCCUCGACUGGGCUACAGUGCAGGCUGUGUGGUCGGCAAGAAGGUGGUGUACCUGGAGGAGCUGCGGCGCCGGGGCCCUGACUUCGGCUGGCGGUUUGGGACCAUCCAUGGCCGCGUGGGCCGCUUCCCUUCUGACCUGGUGCAGCCUGCGGCUGCCCCUGACUUCCUACAGCUGCCUGCCGAGCCAGGCCGGGGCCGCGCUGCCGCCGUGGCCGCCGCUGUGGCCUCCACUGCUGCUGCACGGGAGGUGGGCCGCAGGAGGGAGUGUCCCCCAGUCAGAGCUGGCUCCAUGGACUGUGGGGAGGAUGGCCUGGCUCUUCCACCGUACACAAUGCUCGAGUUUGCCCAGAAGUACUUCCGAGACCCUCAGAGGAGACCCCAGGAUGGUCUCAGGCUGAAAUCCAAGGAGGGUCGGGAGUCCAGAACCUUGGAGGACAUGCUUUGCUUUACGAAGACCCCGCUCCAGGACUCCCUCAUUGAGCUCAGUGACAGCAGCCUCAACAAGAUGGCCACAGACAUGUUUCUAGCUGUGAUGCGAUUCAUGGGGGAUGCCCCGCUGAAGGGCCAGAGUGAACUGGAUGUGCUGUGCACCCUCCUGAAGCUGUGCAGGGACCAUGAGGUCAUGCGGGACGAGUGUUACUGCCAGGUCAUGAAGCAGAUCACAGACAACACCAGCACCAAGCAGGACAGCUGCCAGCGAGGCUGGAGGCUGCUGUACAUCGUGGCCGCCUACCACAGCUGCUCUGAAGUCCUCCAGCCGCACCUCACCCACUUCCUCCAAGAUGUGAGCCGGACCCCGGGCCUGCCCUUCCAGGGGAUCGCCAAGGCCUGCGAGCAGAACCUGAAAAAGACUCUGCGCUUCGGCGGCCGCCUGGAGCUCCCAGGCAGCAUGGAGCUGCGGGCCAUGUUGGCUGGCCGCAGUUCCAAGAGGCAGCUCUUUCUUCUCCCCGGGGGCCUGGAGCGCCACCUUAAGAUCAAGACAUGCACUGUGGCCCUGGACGUAGUGGAAGAGCUUUGCGCUGAGAUGGCUCUGACCCGCCCUGAGGCCUUUGACGAGUAUGUCAUCUUUGUUGUCAUCAACCGAGGCCAGCACGUGUGUCCACUCAGCCGCAGCUCCUACAUCCUGGACGUGGCCUCAGAGAUGGUGCAGGUGGAUGGGGGCUACGCACUGUGGUUCCGACGUGUGCUCUGGGACCAGCCGCUCAAGUUUGACAACGAGCUCUACGUGACCAUGCACUACAACCAGGUGCUGCCUGACUACCUGAAGGGCCUUUUCAGCACUGUGCCGGCUGGCCAACCCAGCGAGCAGCAGCUGCAGCAGGUGUCCAAGCUGGCUGCGCUGCAGCACCGGGCCAAGGACCACUUCUACCUGCCCAGCGCGCGGGAGGCCCAGGGGUACAUUCCGGCCCAGCUGUACCGCAUCGAGGCCAGCUCGACGUGGCUCCGCCUGCUUGGCCAGCACCGGCAGCAGGUGCAGGCGCUCAGCCCCCACCAGGCCCGUGCCCAGUUUCUGGGCCUCCUCAGCGCCUCGCCCAUGUUCGGCUCCUCCUUCUUCCUGGUCCAGAGCUGUAGCACCGCGGCUGUGCCAGCCCCCUGCAUCCUCGCUGUCAACCAGAAUGGCCUCAACUUCCUCAGCACUGAGACCCACGAGCUGAUGGUGAAGUUCCCCCUGAAGGAGAUCCAGUUGAUGCGGACCCAGCGGCCCACAGCCGGCUCCAGCUGCCCUUAUGUGGAGGUCGCACUCGGGGACGUCACUGCCCAGCACACUGUGCAGCUGCAGCUGGAGCAGGGCCUGGAGCUGUGUCGAGUGGUGGCCAUACAUGUGGAGAACCUGCUCAGUGCCCGUGAGAAGCGGCUCACGCUGCCCCCCAGCGAGAUCACAUUACUCUGA